GACAAUAAUGCUUGAACAUUAGCACAGCUUUGACAAAGCUAGCUUAGCUUUACUAUGGACACAGCACUUGGUCAUUGUCUCGCCCAAAGUCAGCACACUAUUAUACACGUUUUUAACAGUUAAAAUAAUCAGUUAAUUGGUGUCGAAAUGGGGUUUAGAUUAUUUCAUUAUUCCUUGUAUUAACCCGAAGUCUCUUUGUGGCUGAUAUGGAACAGCCUUCUGACAACUCAGAUGGUUUACAGCCUCAGGAACUUUCGACCUCAGCCUGCAGCCUCUCUCACGUUUUUGACCUGACGAAGAACAGCGAAGAAUGUUUGUUGAAAACCAACUCUAUUGAGGCCUUGCAUGUUGUCCAGCCGCCAGGCUGGUAUCUGAGUUCUGGGACCAGCAACGGGUCAGCGCUUCCAGAAGACGAGACUGAUCCUUCACUGCAGCCCAGUGAGCAGAUACAACCAGACAAUGCUCUUUCCAACACUACAGUAACUCUCUCGUAUGUGACCAGGUCCCAUGUGUUUUCUGCCCAUGACUCACUCUCACAGCAUUCGCAGAUUUACAGUGUUCCAAUAAGCAAGGCGUUUUCUUUGCACCCCACUGCGUAUGAUGCUAGCCAGCUGGUCACAGAUCCAGGAGGAGCACCACUGUGUGUGGAAAUGGACCAGCACUGCCUGCAGCAGGUGACCGUGCCUGUUGGCUUAGCCGCCUGUGCCAGUUCCUUCGAUUUUGUCACGUCAGGGCAGGUUUCAGAAAAUGUUGCAAGUCUAUGUCUUCUUCAGCAGGCACACAACAUCAGUGGUAUACAAGAUGUCGAGAGCCUUGCUCUGGAGACGCUCAGAUCUUUACAGCAGAACAGCCCAACUGAAUGUAAGAUCCCUCUCAACCUGGACGACAUUCAGAAUGGUGCCAUUGGGAGCUUGUGGAACACAGGAUCUAUUGAUGGGAGCUUUCCAGCUGGCCACGUUGAGAACUUAGUGGAUCAGCACAAGAACGGCAACCCAGAAGUACUUUUCCUGAUCUCCAGAACCGAUGAACCAGUUAUUUUACCGGACGAUCAGGAGACAGCAGGCCUCGCUGUUGCACUAAAUCACGAGUUCAUAAGUGCACUUGAAGAUUCCGUUUCGCCCUCCUUUGCCUCACUGAUUGGGGUAAAGGAUGUUUCCAUUCUGCCCCAGACUGCAAAACCCCAAAGUGAAGAGAACUUUCUCGCUGAAGAAACUAACAUUAGGCAAGAUGAAUCUAGUAAUGUGGAAUCUGAUCUUCUCCUGAGUGUGGAAGAGAGAGAUUCAUCAUCUGCACCAGAGGCAUUAAGUACAACCAUUAGCAGUGAACUAACAGACAGUACUGUUGACACAUCCAGGAUAGAACAGUCUGAACCAAGCAGGAUAUUAUCUGAGGUACAGAAGGAGACAACACAUGUACAUAAUGUGACACAUAAGAAAACACAAACUAGAAGCUUGAUUGCCAAAAAGGAAACACUAGUAAGAAAAGAACUUCCUCCAAGAAGUACAAGAGGGAUGAGGUUAGAGGCCAUUGUUCAGAAUAUUUAUCCUUCCAGGUACAAAUCCAGUCAUGUCUCAUCUGUAAAAAAAUGUCAGCGUUCUGACACCCAGCCAGAUAAGACCACUCAUCUGGGAUCUGGCCAAAAUGUGUCAUUUGGCAACGGUGACAGCAACGUUUUAGAGGAGGAACGUCCUCCAAAGGUCGGGACUGAAACUAAUGAAAAGACAGUUCAAUUACAGGACGAGUCAGAAGAAACAGAUGUAGCUGAUUCAAGCAAAAUAUCUACCUCAUGUUCUGGAACUGUUUCAAAAUAUUCAUUAACUAUCCCAUCCCCGGGGUUGUCACAGAAACCCAUCACAUCUGUCAAGAAAUCAAAGAAACAACAGAAAUUCUCAAACACUUCUUCAAAAAGGGUAGGAAAAAAGACUGCACUGCCUAGAUCCAAACAGGCAAAAAGCCCUUUAAAGCAACCUACUUUAACUACAAGCAGCAAAAGUCCAGCAAGAGUGAAAAAAGUCCCUACACCUAAAAAGAAAAGGAAAAAGCAUAAAGCGGGGCAGUCUUCCAUGUUCUCGCUACAGGAGCCGGAAAUAAAGCUCAAAUAUGUCAGCUACAAAGAGGAGAAAAGGGAAAAGAAAGACGAGACCUUUUCUCCUUUCAUACAUGUAGAAGUGAAAGCAUAUCCUACCUGUACAGUAAUCAACUACCUUGAUGAGAGUGCCAGGCUGAGCCGAGGGAAGCGGCCUACACCGGUUGUGUCAGGAAAAAUGCCCACCACACCGUGUCUGCAGUACGGCCGCGUCUCCGUGGAGGGCACACGCUGGGACGCUCUUGUGUGCUGCCUUUGCGGAUGCUCAGCGAACACUAUGGACCUGGGUGAUUUGCAUGGGCCGUACUAUCCUGAGGGUUUCAGGCCCGAAGCAAAGCUGCCUACUAAUCCACAGGAGCCAAGAGAGGACGACUCCAGUGACACUGAUUCAUCGAGCAAUCAGACUCGAAAGCCACAUCACAAGCUGCAGGCAGCUGCUCUAGGGCCCUAUCAAAUGUGGAGCAGUGAUGGUGAGCUUUCCUGCAGCCAUGCAGCUAAGAGAUCCAGAACAGACACUGUGACAGACUGGUUUGCCCCACCCAUAGUGCCCUUAGAAGCCAGCGAGUACUGGCUCCACGAGGACUGUGGCAUAUGGUCAGCUGGGGUCUUUCUCGUGAGAGGAAAGCUUUACGGGCUAGAGAGAGCCGUUAAGACGGCAAAGGAGACGAUUUGCUCCUCUUGCCACAAAAUGGGAGCCACAUUGGGCUGCUUUUUCAAAGGCUGCCCUAACAAGUAUCACUACAUAUGUGCAAUGCAGUCAGGUUGUGUCUUAUAUGAGGAAAACUUCUCAAUGAAAUGCAGAAAGCACAAGAACAAAUCCAUUAAGGGUUUAUCAUCUAACAAGCAAAACAACAGGUGACAGAGGAAGAGGAUGCUGCUCAAUGAACCAGAAUCCUGUCUGUUCAGGACAAGUUCAGCCACUAUUCUGCAACGCUUAGAGACCAAGAGCAUCUGACAGAAAAGCCUCUCUGGGACUCGGACACCACAUACCUUAACGCUUUCUCCUGCCGUUUCACUGUCACGAACUUCUCUUUCAAAUGUCAGCUGCAGCGACUGAUUUCCGAAACGACAAAACACAGCUUUUGCACGUUUGCGACUGUUUACAGAUGAAGCCUAGUAUCUGAAAAGUAUCCUUCAAGACAGUGGGAUGUAAUCUAGAACUAGACUGAUUCUCCCUCCCUCUCUCUCUCUCUCUCUCUCUCUCUCUCUCUCUCUCUCUCUCUCAGCACAAAGCCAAUCUACUAACGGUGUAAUGAUUUCAUGGACUUUGUAGUGUAAUCAUCUGAAACUUAUUUAUUACGUUUGGGUUCAUUUCAAUUGUAAGCUUUCGGCUUUUUUGAGCCGCAAGUGUACAUGUUAAUGUAAAACAAACAAAAAAAAAGGUUCCUUAGUGGAAUUUUUAUAGACUUUGUGAAAUGUCUAAUGUAUUGAAGCAAAUCCGAGUCAGCAGAUCGGUCACCAACGUGACAAACAUCAGCUGUCGGUUGUCAGCGUGGUAGUCGGCUGUCCUGUGUCGCUCUCGUUCGUUCGCAACAGUUUUUUUUUAUAUUUGUGAAUCAUUCGCACAGUCUCUUAUGUAUAUUUGGGAAUUUAUUUGUGAAUGUUGUUUCUUCUAGAAGGCUGAAAUGAGGGAACAUCACUUGAUGGUGCACAUCAUGUGUAUGUUUAAGCCUGUAUCCCACGCUGGGACAACAGUAUUGUCCUUAAUUUUUUAACUCCCAAACUCUCUGAUCCCGGAACUCCUGGAAAUAAAGACAUAAUGAAAUAGUACUGGCAAUAAUGCUAUUUGUUAUUUUGGCACUAUGCAACUAAUCCCAUUAGCAUGUGUAAGAACCGCUGAGCUGUGUACUGUUAAACGGUACAAAUCAGCAACCUUAAUUUUCAGCAUAAUGUAAUUGCCAGUUAUUUAACAUUGAUAUUUAAGGAACUUGAUUAGAAUGUAGUAAAUUAAUGGAGCACUUUGCUUAAAACGUCUGCUGUCCUCACGACGUUCGGCUUCGAUGAAAAAAAAAAAUCCGAUCCGAUCCACACGGAACUCUGCUUAUGCGUAGCGUCGAUCAGACGUGCGACGUCAGAUCCGAAUCGCUACGACAAACGGAGACAAAUGCUCUUUCGCUUGAGCUCAGACUCGUCUUUAGAGCGAUUCGGAAAUCAAGGGGAUGAAACGAGCGUUAAAACCGUGUGCACUUGUUAAAUGACCGUGUUUAUCACGAUCCUGACCCCAUGACACUGAGCCAUGUUGUGUGCCAUAUUUUUCUUCAGCUAUGUUCUCUUUGUAUUUCUUUGCAAGUGUUGCUGUAAUGUCAUUUGAUUUAGGACAUUCUGUCCCAGACAAAAUGGUGUUGAGCUUUAUAUUAACACACAACCAUGCAAUUACCAAAUAUGUUCUCAUUCGAUGUGUUGAUUUCUCAUUCAUUUCUUGUAUCUUGUACUUUACGAAUCCUAUUCUCAGGGUUGAGCCUUACAUUCUUUGUCAUGUUUUUACUCCCAAAUUUAUUUAUCCAGGACUGACUACUAGAACACUGUCAGCACUAAAUAAUAAAUCGGCUUCUUUUAUUUUCUCAAACGCA